AUGUCCUCGCCGGUCAACGGCACUCACGCCUGGCCCAGAUCAUCCCAAGGAGAAGGUGGAGUUGAACUCGGCCCUAAUGAUGGUGCCGCCCUCAUCUCAAAGACCGGCCUCCCCUACAGACUUUCCGAACACCGCAAGAACUGGGCCACUUGGUUCGCCUUCUUCUGCUUCGACGGCUGCGUGCUUCCCAUUAUCUUGUUCUACUCUCUCUGGUAUGGUUCGACUUUGACCCAUUGGACAAUCUUUACGCUCAUUACAUCUUUGUCCUUUUGGACCUCUUAUCACAAAUGGUUCUCCCGGGGGUAUCGGCUGUUGAUCAAGCGCGAUCCAAAGUACAGACCGAUAAAUGGCGGCCGCUGGUGGUUUGACUGCUCAUAUUAUAUCUUGUCGCUGGCGCUGUUGAUCGUCAUUGUUGAACUUGUCGCUGCAACGGCCACCAAGGACGUCAAGGUCAAGGUCAUCGCCAUGGCGCCGCCCUCGGUCCUGUACACCAUCGGAGGUUACAUGCUGCUGCAGAACACGGCUCAUUGCCUGCGCAUCCGCACCUUUGUCACGCUUUCGUCAGUCAAGCGAGGCUCUCUAACGCCUCCGCCGUUGUUUACCGUCAUGGAGGACGUCUUCGCUGUCGACGGCUGCCACUUGGGCUUACCCGCACGGCAUGCGAUGCUCGCCACGUACAACGCCAGCGCGAGAUUUCGCAACACUCUGAUGUGGUGGUCAUGGAUUUGGUGUCUAGCCUGUCUGGCCGUUGCGGUCGGCUUGUCUAUUGUAGUCGGGCUUGUAAAAGGAACCACAGCCUUCGGUAUUACUUACGGCGUCUCUUUCCCAUUCAUCGUUUUCAUGUCGGUAGUCACCGCUUUCUGGAUGGAAUCCAGGGACGCCCGAGGUGCUUUCUCGGCACCUGUAGGUCAAGGGAAGGCCUUGCGGAGUGUUUCUGUCAGGAAUGGCCGUCUCGCAUAA